GCCCGCCCGGGGCAGCGCCGGGCCGGGAACAGCGCCGGGAACAGCGUGGGGGCUCCGCGGGGACAGCGCCGGGCUCGGCGGGGACAGCGCGGGGGUCGCUCCCCCAGCCUGGCCCUGCGCAGCGCGCCCGCGGCACCCGCCCCUUCCCCGUCGGCCUCGCUGUCUCAGGUGUUUUGUGCCUGGCGAACAAGGGAGCCGCGUCCAUUCAGAGGUGUGGGCCGGGAUUCCAAAGGCCUUCCUUAAAUCUUUCCAUGUCUGAAUGGACUCCUGAAUGUAAUAUAGUCUAUACUCCAGAAGCGGAUAUGAAGAGUGAAGUUCCUUCUGAUGCACCAAAGAGCCAGGAGAGUCUGAAGGGGAUCCUCUUGAACCCUGAGCCUAUUGGGGCGGCCAAAAGCUUCAGUGCAGAAGUUGAGAUGAUUGCCAGUAAAGUAGGGAAUGAGUUCUCCCACUUAUGUGGUGACUCUCAAAAGCAGAAGGACAUGAAUGGCAACCAUACAGACCAAGAAAAAAGUAUUGUGCGAAAAAAACGCAAGAGCCAGCAGGCUGGUCCUUCCUACGCUCAGAACUGUCCUGAUAAGGAAAACAAAGGAAUCUUGGGAUUGAGGCAGCAUCUAGGAACACAGAGUGAGGACAAUGACUCUUCUUUUAGUGACUGUAUCUCUUCACCUUCUUCUAGCUUACACUUUGGAGACUCUGACACAGUAACAUCUGAUGAAGAGAAGGAUGCUCCUGUCAGACACCCUCAGGCAGUGCUGAAUCCUGUGAGCAGAACUCACAGUGCCCGGUCACACAAGUGGCCUCGCACUGAGGCAGACUCUGUGCCCGGAUUACUCAUGAAAAGGCCCUGUUUUCACAACAGCUCUUUAAGAAGGCUCCCAUAUAGGAAAAGAGUUGUGAAAACAGGCUCAUCCCAGCGGACACAGAACCAAAAAGAGCGGAUUUUAAUGCAGAGGAAAAAGCGGGAGGUGCUGGCUCGCAGGAAGUACGCACUGCUGCCCAGCUCCAGCAGCUCCAGCGAGAACGAUCUCAGUAGUGAAUCUUCCUCCAGUUCAUCUACUGAAGGGGAGGAAGACUUAUUUGUGUCACCUGGUGAAAACCACCAGAACACUACAGCUGUUCCUUCAGGAAGCAUUGAUGAAGAUGUUGUGGUGAUUGAAGCAUCCUCCACUCCCCAGGUCACUGCUAAUGAAGAAAUAAAUGUUACCUCAACAGACAGUGAAGUGGAGAUUGUCACAGUUGGUGAAAACUACAGGUCUCGUUCUGCACUUGGACACACAAGAUCCCACUGGGGCCAGAGCUCUGGCUCUCACGCUCCACGACCUCCGGAGCAGCGGAACCGCAGCAGGAUCUCCACGGUCAUCCAGCCCCUGAGGCAGAAUGCGGCUGAAGUUGUGGACCUCACGGUGGAUGAGGAUGAGCCAACAGUUGUGCCAAGCACAUCAGCUCGAGUGGAGCCGCAGGUCGUGAGUUCUGCUUCCAGUAACAGUUCCAGUACCUCUACCUCAGAGCAGGCCUCUGAUGCAGCUCCCACCAUCUCCACCAGCCAGCCCUCUGCAGCUCCAGAGACGACUCCCAGUCUUCCCAGUGGCAGCACUGCUGGUACUUCAGCUGGAGAUGACAUAAGAAGAACUUCAUCUAAUACAACACUGGAAACUGGCCCUCCGGCCAUGCCAAGGUUACCGUCGUGCUGCCCUCAGCAUUCUCCUUGUGGAGGACCUUCACAGACUCAUCAUGCCUUGGGGCACCCACAUACGAGCUGCUUUCAGCAGCAUGGCCACCACUUCCAGCAUCACCACCACCACCACCACAACCCUCACCCGGCUGUCCCGCUCUCCCCUUCGUUCAGUGACUCCAGCUGCCCUGUGGAAAGGCCUCCCCCGGUGCCUGCCCCGUGUGGAGCAAGCAGCAGUUCUGGCACCACUUACCAUGAUCAGCAGGCACUGCCAGUAGACUUAAGCAGCAGUGGUAUAAGAAGUCAUGGAAGUGGUGCUUUUCAUGGAACAUCUGCCUUUGAUCCUUGCUGUCCUGGUUCUUCAUCCCGAGCGACGAUCUAUGGGCACCAGGCUGGGGCUGGGCCGAGCCAGUCCCUGACAAUAGAUGGAUACGGAUCAAGCAUCGUUGCUCAGCCACAGCCCCAACCUCCUCCUCAGGCAUCGCUCUCCUCCUGUCGCCAUUACAUGCAUUCUCCUUUACCUGAUGUUUUCAUUGCAGAUGCUUCCUUGACCAGACCACUUCACCAUCAAGCUUCUGCAUGCCCUCACUCUCAUGGAAAUCCCCCUCCACAGCCACAACCUCCACCUCAAGUAGAUUAUGUUAUCCCUCAUCCAGUGCAUCCCUUCCAUCCUUCAAUCUCCUCUCAUGCAUCUUCUCAUCCUGUUCCACCUCCACCACCGACUCAUCCUUUAGCCAGUGCAGCUGCUCCAAUCCCACAGCAUCUUCCUGCAACACACCAGCCUAUAUCCCAUCACAUCCCUGCAACAGCACCUCCAGCACAGAGGCUACAUCCUCAUGAAGUGAUCCAGAGGAUGGAGGUCCAGAGAAGAAGGAUGAUGCAACACCCAACACGUGCUCAUGAGCGACCUCCUCCACAUCCUCACAGAAUGCAUCCCAAUUAUGGGCAUGGGCAUCACAUUCAUGUGCCUCAGACUAUGUCUUCCCAUCCUCGACAAGCUCCAGAGAGAUCUGCCUGGGAACUAGGAAUUGAAGCUGGUGUGACUGCAGCUACUUACCCUCCAGGGCCUUUGCAUCCUCACUUGGCCCACUACCACGCACCUCCUCGACUGCAUCAUUUGCAAAUAGGGGCACUCCCUCUAAUGGUACCAGACAUGGCGGGCUACCCUCACAUCCGUUACAUUUCAUCGGGAUUGGAUGGAACAUCAUUCAGAGGCCCUUUCAGGGGCAAUUUUGAGGAGCUGAUUCACUUGGAGGAACGAUUAGGCAACGUGAAUCGUGGAGCAACACAGGGAACUAUAGAAAGAUGCACAUAUCCACAUAAAUACAAAAAGGUAACAACUGAUUGGUUCUCACAGAGGAAACUGCACUGCAAACAAGAUGCGGAGGAAGGAACAGAAGAAGACACAGAGGAAAAGUGUACCAUCUGUUUGUCUAUCUUGGAGGAAGGUGAAGAUGUCAGGCGCCUUCCGUGUAUGCACCUUUUCCACCAAGUCUGUGUAGAUCAGUGGUUGAUUACUAACAAGAAGUGCCCCAUUUGCAGAGUGGACAUUGAGGCUCAGCUGCCCAGUGAAAGUUGACACUGCUUUCCAGAACUCUUGUCCUCCCGCUCGCUCCCUCUCAUCCCUCCUGGUACUGCAGUCAACCAAAGAUGGCAUGACUUACCUGCGCAGAUGUGGAACAUUGAACCUUAGAGUGCUGGCUCUGCUACAUGGUACAACUAAUGCUAGACCUACAGUUUAUUGUAGAAGACAGUUGAGUUUCAGUGUAUUUAUAAUUUUUUUAAAAUUUUUUUAGGUUUUACUUUUUUUUCUUUAAAUUCAUUACUGUAUUUUUGCAUGGUUCCUUGUAUUGCAUUUGUUUGCACAUAUUAUGGGCUUUGUGACCCCAAACUUGCAGGCAAGAUUAGCUGCUUUAGUAAGUAGAAUUGUGUGGUCUCUUUUUUUUUGGUUUGUUUUAUGUAGUAUCAAGCUUUGAAAGUAUGAUUUCACUCAUUACUAACCUCGAAUUCCUUAAUUUAAUCAAUCAUAUUUUAGUUUAAAUGUAUAAAGAUCAUCUAGAAAAGGAUAAUAUUAUGUAUUGAGACAUUCCUUAAUUAGGAAAAAAUGGCUGCUGUAUAUUUACAAUAUCAGUUCUGAGUCAAAUAACAUCCUUAAUACUGGGAACAGAAUAUGGACUAUAUUCAGUUUGACUGAUACAUAUAGCAUACUCAUCACCAGAGUUUUUGUCUGAUCAGAUUUUUGUGUUUGUUUUAAAAAUUUCAGCACAAUGCAGAUAUAUUUGAAUGUCAAUAUUAAACAUUUAGACUGCUGUUCAGAUUGUAUUUAUCAUUUUCUUCUAUGUCUAGAAAUUUGAAUCCCUAACUUAAAUAUAUGCUGCUGUGAAACAGCUCUAGUGAACACUAAAUGUUGAUUUCAGUUAGCUGGAUUGUAGAUACUUGCAGAUUGAAAGACUUAUUAGGGAAAUGGAAAAAGAGCUUAGAAUCUGUUUGGUCUUCUGCUAACUUAAGUUGAAGUAUCUGCGCACAUUGAGAGUUGGUUUGUUUUUUUUUUUGUUGUUUUGGUUUGGUUUUGGGUUGGGUUUUUUUGGUGGGUUUUUUUUGAGGGGAGGGGUUGUUUGUUUUUUUUUUUCUUUUUGUUGUUGUUGCUGUUUGGGUUUUGUUGUUGGUUUGUGGGUUUUUUUUUAAUAUAAAACCAUUCAGUAAGGACUUUAAGCUACAGGGUUUUUGUUUGGGUUUAUAUACAUGCAUUCAUAGAAUUUCUAAGGAUUCCAGGCGUGUCUUGGGAUUUUUAUUAGAUUUAAAGUUAAUAAAGUUAGCUAAAUCCACUUGUCUCUUGUUUUUAUUUUUCAUUAGUAAAUUAAAAGCCUGUAAAUUUCUGUAGAAACUGAGACACAAAUUAUGUGGUUACCUAGUUUUUGCCUUGAUCAUAGGUUCCCUCUUUAUAAAUUACCAACAGUCCAUCACUGAUUGAAGUAUUUUCUAUAGUUAAGAUUUGCUGCAUAAUAUAGUAUAUAGAAUUAAUAAUGUACUAACAUUUUGCCUUUGGAGGAGGUUUUAAUCCACAUCAGGAUUCAAGUUGCUUCAACAUUCUUUCACAUAUAAUAGAUUAUAGUUUAUUUAAAUGUGCUCAACAUUGCAAAAUGCAAAUGUGCAAAAACAUUGGGACAGUAUUACUGUCACUUUGGAAAAGAUGUUCCUCGGGGAUCAUAGAUAAAUAUGUCAAUUAGCUUGCAUUAAGCCACCUGCUUUGUAAGUGAAUUGAAUAAUAAAUACCUUCAGUUUCUCUUGUCUUUGUCUUUCAUAAUCAGAUGAUAUGUACAAUGGUUUACAGUAAAUCUAGAAGAUGAACUGUUAUGUUUACACUAAAAAAUGAUCCAUUUAUAAAUAUUACCUUAUCUAAUUUGAUGCCUGUUUCUGUCUGGUUCAAGCAGCUUCCUUUUUAUUAUUUUUUUUUUUUUUUUUGUCAACAAACUUAACACCUCUGGCACUGAGGCUUUUAGUGGAGAGAAUUUUUAUUCCAGUAUGUAUGUGAUAAAUGGACCUUCUCAAGCUUCCUUGUGUUGCUAGAACUGAACUUAAAACCACUUUGUGCUUGUAAAUGGGGGAUGAGGGAGAGAGGCAGCCCAGGAUCUGACUGCUCCUGUGGGUUUCUGCUAAAGCUUUUGGACAUGGUGGCUGUAGGAAAUUCAAAGACUGGAGUUGGAGCUUCAUUGCUAAAAAUGAAUAAAAGUAGCUGGAAGGACUGACCAGACACUUUGCUUUCCCAUGACUGAAAAGAAGGGAAGUUAGUUGACUGCUAAUGUUUGAAGACUGAUAUUCACUGCUAAAAGGUUCCAAGAAGGUACUUGAGAGACAUGGGACAAAAAAACCCAGGGCCUCUAAAAUAAUAGACCCUGGGGUAGAAUCUCUUUUGGCUUUGUUACUGGACAAAGAAGCACAGAUUUGGGGGAUUUUUUUUUUUAAUUUUUUAUUUUGUUUUUAGGAAAUAUUUUAUGGGUCUGAUUUGAGUGCGUGGUACUAGAGGUAUUUUAGUGGUCCAUGAUUUGAUUUAUUAGAGCUACUGAUACUGUCUUGCUUUUAAAUGUAUGCAUAACAUUGUAAUGUGAUGUUGAACACUUUUGUCAGGAAUCACGGUAUUCUGAUCUUAAUGCUAUUGCAGGGGCUAAAAAGCUGCAGCUUACUUCUGUUCCGGAAGGUUGUGACUUAACCGUAAUUUAAGAGAAGGAGAAAGAUUAGGCUUUUCAUUUUGAAAAUUUCCACCACUUACUGUGCUUUAUAUGCUUAGAUGCAUUGCCUUAAGUUUUCUGCAGCAUCUUUGACUUUGAAGAUAAGAUUCUCAACAGUAUGCAUCAAAUUACUUUUCAUAUGAAACUCCAUUGUCAAAAGAAAUCCUUUUGUAUGCAAUAAAUAAAAUGUUAGACUGGUAUCAUUCAAAA